UUCAUAGGUGCAAUUGUGGGGCCCAUACCUCGUUAAUCCUGCCUAAUUGAGAGGGCUACACAAAAUGCAGGUGACCACGCGUGCCCUGCGCUCUUCGGUGCGCCCUUUUACUCCGGCCUCGGUGCGGGCUCCCCGGGCGCUUGUGGUCUCAGUGUCAGCGUCGGAGCGCCUCCGCCUCCACAACCUCAGCCCUGAGCCUGGCAGCCGUCGCGAUGAGAAGCGGAAAGGCCGUGGUCAUGCUGCGGGUCAGGGUGGCACCUGCGGUUUCGGUAACCGCGGCCAGAAGUCGCGGUCGGGGCCCAGCGUGCGGCCAGGCUUUGAGGGUGGCCAGACGCCUCUUUACCGCCGCCUGCCCAAGCUCCGCGGUAUUGCCGGCGGCAUGUCGGCCGGUGUGCCGGACUUCGUUGUGGUGAAUCUGGAUGACCUAGAGAAGCACUUCGCCGCUGGCGAGGCAGUAACCCUGGAGGCCGUGAAGGAGAAGGUGCUUAGCGUGAGCGGGAGCGACUCCCGGCUACCACUCAAGGUUUUGGGCAGUGGCUCUCUGUCCAAGGCGCUGACCGUCCACGCUGCUGCGUUUUCGGAGUCGGCCAAGACUGCCAUUGAAGCGGCUGGUGGCAAGGCUGAGGUGGUGGCCAGCAAGGCCAAGUGGACGCGGAAGGCGUUCAAGAAGCUUGUAUCUGAUAUGGCGGCCAACGGCCAGGACUACGAGAAGGAGAAGCUCAAGAAGCGGAUUGAUAACCUGAAGGCUAAGGGGAUGUACGUGGAACGUACUCCCAAGGUCAAGACCCCCGUUCCCGCGAAGAGGAAGUGAUGGCCUACGAUAGACCUCCUGCGUGAAUUUGGGAUUUGGGUUUCGUGAUGGAAAAGGUGUCUUGACGCCGUGCUGCUGUGGAUAGGUUCCGUUGUCGCAGGAAGAAGGCGGCUCUUGGUCCGAUUUGGCGGUUCGGUUUUCAGUCGUUGCGGCAUGAGCGAUGCUUCCUGACGUUCGUAAUGUGGGAUGGUUGGACGUGUGGGAGAAGGUUGUAUGUACCUGCAGAAACGGGGGGCGAUUUUGGGACCCUUUCGUCCGCAAGCCUCCGUACACUAUGCUGCUCGGCACUUUCGGUGUCUAGCACGUUGCUAGAGAUAAUCAGGUGUCGUUAAUCACUGGGAACAUUCCACGGUGUAUCGUGUAUGGUACGUACGUUUCCAGAGGUACAGCGAUGUGGUCUUCUAUUCUGCGCCUUCCUCGACAGAUGCAUUUGUAAAAAUGCGUGCCG